AUGCUGGUUAAAUCGACUGGCGAUCUGGAGACCUUGCGGGGUAAUCACUGGGCCGGGGUGCUGCGAGAUUUGCGCCUUAGUUCCCGAUGGGGCAUCGGUUCGCGAAACAGCGCCAAAUAUUUGCCGCUCGCCGGAUUUCACUCUGAUUUGGACGGCAUAAUGGCUGACAAUCUUAUUCAAAAGUCACAUAAAACUAGUGAGAAAAACAAGUAUAACAACGUUGUUCACCGCACGACGAGCGAAUCUCUUCGUCUGAACGAGUCGGAGAAAGGAAUAACCCAUCCGACGACUCUUCAAGGCGCCCAUAACCCAAGGAAAAUAUCUUCGUUUCAGAUCACCAGUGUGACGGUUGGUUCUCGAGUGAGCACUGAUGCAGGAGAGGAUUCGGCCGACGAUCUAGAUGAAUCUCAUACCGACGACAUCUCUCGAGUGACCGAUAUCGAGAAUGAAACACCCAGUUAUUCCGAAGAUACCUUCUCGAAAGAUGAUGUGUUUUACAACGCUUCGAGUGCAUCUUUAGGUUGUGCCCCCGUCAUUCCGACCAGCUCGCAGUACGGACUGGCGAUCGUCGGUCAGGAUAACAACACCAACCAAAUAGGAGGAGCAGUGCCAAAUAGUAAUAAUACAGAAGUAAGUGACAUGCAUGUCAGUGUCACGAACGCCGGAACGGGUAGCAUUAUCAAUCUUAUUGGACAUGCUAAACCCCAAGAAGGUAUGAAAGAGAUACAAGAACACGUUAGGAAUGAAAGGUUUAAAGUUGUAAAAAUUGAGAGCACGGAACCAUUCCGCAGAGGCCGAUGGAUGUGUAUGGACUACCUAGAUCACACUACAACUCAAAAUGCACCGAUAACUAUAAAUAACAAUUUGGACAUAACAGAUCCAAACCUGCAGGCUCCAGAUAGUGGUGUUGUGAUAAAUGAUAGUCAAAAUGAAGAUUUACCAAACGAUUUGACAAAUAAGGGACCCAAGGAUCUACAAGGUAACCCUCCACCAGUCCAGCAGUUAGAACAAAAUAUCCAGAAACAAUUUCCAAUGGCUUCCCCAGGGCAAUCUCUGACUCAGCCUUUAAAUGUUGUGCAACAGAUGUCAGUACCUCAAUCAGUGUCUGUACAGUCACCUCCAUUAGAAAUGCCACAACAGAUGCCAAACCAAAAUAUGCAACCUACUCAGCAAGUGGGUCAGCAGCAUCCACAGAGUAUGACUCAUAUAACUAUGCAGAAUGCGCCCCAGCCUCACCCGCAAGCGCCUCAACAACAACAAGUGCAACAAAUACCGCAAAGCUUUCCUCAACAUCAAUUGCAGCAAGUGAUUGCCCAAUCACAAGGUAUUCCCAUGCAACAAAUACCGAUGCAUCAACAGAUGCCCCAGCAGAUGCAGCAAAUACCCAACCAACAAAUGCAACAGAUGAAUCAACAUAUUCCACAGUCUCAAAUGACCAAUAUGCAAAUACAGCAACAGAUGCCUCAAAUGCAAGCUAUGCAAAACCAGGGGCAAAUGCCCCAAGUGGCUAGUCAACAACCACAGAUGCAACAACUGCAAUUGCAACAAAUGCAAGCGCAGGCUAAUCCCCAACAAAUGCAUUUGCAACAGGCUCAGAUUCCUAAUAUGGGGCAAAGUCACCAUUUGCAAGGACAACAAACUAUGGGCACUCAGCAAGCCCAACUGCAGCAAAUGCAAGCUCUUCAGAACCAACAACUACCAAACCAUAUACAGCAAAUGCAGAUGCCUACUCAGUUAACUGGAGCUAAUCAACAAAUACCUCAGAUGCAGCCUCAAAUGCAUCAAAUGCAAACCCAACCACAGCAAUCGGUUGUUCCUGGAAUGCACCCACAGAUGCCCCAACAAGGCAUGCCUACAGUCCAACCCCAAUAUAACCAAGCUGUGAACCAGCAAUCGAAUCCUCAGACAAUGAUGAGUGCAAAUAUUCCUUCAUCACAGCAGCCAAUGGUACAACCACAACAUAACGUUACUCAGUUUCAUACACAGCAGUCCCAGAUGAGUCAGCAGGGGCAAACUUUGCCACAAGAGGUGCUCACAAGUAUUGUUACAUCACAACAAGGUGCAACUUUGCCUACAAAUCUCCAGCCUAUGGUGUCCCAACCACAAGGCACUACUCUGCCAGCGAAUCUCCAAAGUCUAAACCAACAGCAAGCUCCGUCGGUGCACCCAAUGGCCCCACAGCAAGGCACUGUCCCACAAGGGAACAUGCAGAUGAUGACAACGGCUCCCCAGAAUAUGCAGAUGACUCUAGACGGGAAUCAGCCUAGCAUGCAGAUACCCGCCUCAGAUCCGAUAUUCAUGCAGCCAGCUAACGUCGGUCAGCAAAUACCUGUUGGGCAGCAUAUGGCGCAACAGAAUAUGUUACCGCAGCAAGUGAGCGGCCAGGGACAGAUGGGCAGUGUGCAGUAUGUGCCCAACCAGUCGUUGCCGCAAGUGUCGAUGGCCCACCAGAACAUUCCUAUGUCGAUGCAGCAAAGCAUGCCCGUCGGCAUGGGGAGCGGAGUUCACGCGAACGUGGUGCCAUCUCAGACAAGUAUGGGCCUUGGGUAUGGAGGAGUGGUUCCUGUAAUGUCCCAGAGCAGCGUGGCACCGGUAGAGGCCACUGUCUCCGGGACUAACUCCCCUGUGGUUUCACUGCCGGUCAACUCGACUGCUUACGUGAGCAAUGCUCAGCCAGGACAUGACAAUCAGGGCUUCGGUAGCCCAGUGAGUGCAGUGGUGUCUCAUGCAAUCAGUGGAGCGGUGAUGAGCAAUGUGAAUGUGAGUGCGUGUGAUAGUGGUGCUGCGGAGGUGCCUGCUGACAACAUGCAGGCAGGAGAUGCUGCCGAUGGAAAGGAGGAGCAACAGCCAGUACCACCUCAGGAGGAUGAAAGCUCUCACGAGAUCUGGAUAGGCACCUCGCGCCAUCCUCCAGCCUCGCAGACUCCUCCGACUCAGUCGGCCCCCGGCUUCACGUAUUAG